AUGGAACAGGAUCUUUCUGACGAAAAUGUCGUCGACAGCAAGAAGGGAAACCAAGACGAUAGAGCUCACAUGCUGCGUCUAGGGAAGACCCAGCAACUACGGAGAGAUUUCCGCUUCAUCUCCAUGUUUGGCUUUUCCAUGAUUUUGGGAUCGUCAUGGGAGGUCGCCCUGGCCAUGCUGUCUAUGGGUCUCCUCAACGGGGGCACUGCAGGUCUCAUCUGGGUUUUUCUCUGCUGUUGGGUUGGAUUCAUGUUCAUCAACAUCUCGAUGGCAGAAAUGGGAUCAAUGGCCCCUACCUCGGGUGGUCAAUACCACUGGGUCUCCGAGUUCGCUCCCAGAAAAUACCAGAAACAGAUCAGUUAUAUCAUGGGCUGGCUCUGCGUGCUCGGAUGGCAGGCUGGUUGUGCCAGCACUGCCUUCAUGGCCGGUACAAGCAUUCAGGGUCUGAUUGUCCUGGGCAAUCCCAACUAUGUCUAUGAGAACUGGCAUGGCACCCUCCUCAGCAUAGCAAGCGGCGCGUUCGCCGUCAUGUUCAACACGCUGCUCGCACGCAAACUGGCGCUCGUCGAGGGCAUCAUCCUUGUGCUUCAUGUGUCGUCCUUCUUUGGCGUACUUGUCACUCUCUGGGUGCUGUCCCCCAUCGCCGACGCCAAGACGGUGUUUACGCAGUUCUCUGAUGGCGGAGGCUGGGGAAGCCUAGGGGGCAGCGCUCUUGUCGGCAUCACGGCUGCUAUCGUGCCCAACCUGGGUGCUGAUGCGGCUGUCCACAUGUCUGAAGAGUUGAGGGAUGCCGGAAAAACCCUCCCCCUCUCCAUGAUCAUGACCAGCUUCUUCAACGGCCUCUUCGCCUGGAUCACGGUCAUCACCAUCUGCUUCUGUCUCGGCAACGUAACGGACGUCCUCGCCAGCCCGACUGGCUAUCCAUACAUGGCCGUCUUCCUCAACUCGACCCAGAGCGCAAAGGGCGCCACCGCCAUGGCCGUCUGGAUCGCCCUCAUGUUCAACUUCUGCAACCUGACCAUGGUGGCCACCGCCUCCCGCCAGCUCUUCGCCUUUGCCCGCGACAACGGCGUGCCCUGCAGCUCCUGGUUCUCCAGAGUCUCGCACGACAUCCCCGUCAACGCCAUCCUCACCACCUUCAUCGUGACCUGCCUCCUGUGCCUCAUCAACAUCGGCUCCUCCGUCGCCCUCAACUCCAUCGUGUCGCUGAGCACAAACGCCCUGCUGUCCAGCUACAUGUGCUCUAUCGGCUGCAUGGCCUGGCGCCGCAUCACCGGCCAGCCUCUGCUGCCGUCCAAGUUCAGCCUGGGCAGGUGGGGACUGGCCGUCAACCUUGUCUCGGAGGUCUUCCUGGUGGUCAUGUUCAUCCUUGCGUUUUUCCCCGAGGUGAAGAAUCCGGACCCGGAGGAGAUGAACUGGAAUAUUCUCAUCUAUGGGACUGUGGUGACUGGGUCGGUGGUUUAUUACUUGUUCAAGGGGAGGUAUGUGUAUGAGGGGCCCGUGGAAUAUGUGCGCAAGCUGGAGUAG